AUGAAUAAUGCUCAGUGGAUAAUUGCUGAAUGUGCUAAGAGAGAAUCAGAAUAUUGUAAGUGGCAUGUACGUGCUCUGAAAUGCAAUGUUAAUGAUUUCUUUUACAUAAAGGAAUUAGACAACAAUCACACCUGUAAAGGUGUUUUGAGGGAGCAAACAAGUAGCCAUUUAGGAUCACAUGUUGUCAAAUCAGAGAUAUCAAAUGAGUUGAAGGCGAAUCCUACUCUUAAGCCGAGACAGAUUAUGGAUCGUUUUAAGCAUUCAUUUGGAUUAGAUAUUUCAUAUAGAAGUGCUUGGUAUGCAAGGGAGUUGCGAGGAAAGAUGUCCAUGGUGAUGAUGGCAAUUCCUAUUCUCAGUUGUUGUGGUAUCGUGAUGCCAUUUUGGAAAGCAAUCCCGGAUCCUAUUGCAGGAUUCCGAGAACAAUGCAAAAUUGGUAAAUGGUUUUUUGAUCAUCUCUACAACAUCUUGUCAACCCAAGGGAGAAUUGUGACUUUUGUCACGGAUCGAAAUGGUGGACUCUUGAAUGCAGUGGCUAGUGUUUUCCCUGACUCUCCUCAUUCUUAUUGUUACUACCACUUGAAGGAGAAUGUUAGAGCUUUGUACAGAAAUCUUUCUGGGUAUUUUGUUGACAAGCUUGUGGAGGAAUUCAUGAAAGUUGCAUAUUCUCCUACAAUAGCAAGCUACAACUUCAAUUUGCAGAAUCUGAAGAGAGAAGGUGGGAAGCCUAUUGAAUCGUUUCUAACACACCUUCCUCUAGACAAGUGGUGUAAUGCCUUCUUUAGAGGAUCAAGGUAUGGUGAAAUGGCGAAUAGCAUUGCUAAAUCAUUUAAUAGUUGGUGUGGCCCUUUGCGUGAACUUCCUGUUUUUGAUUUUCUUGAAGGUUUGAGGGUUAAGGUCAUGGAGAACAUGUCUGAGAGGGAGGUUGAGUGCAAAAAGUGGAACACUGUGUUGUGUCCUCCAAUGGAGGCUUUGUUGAAAAAGUUUAUGGAUGUGGGGCGUCAUUGGUCAGUUAGCAUGUCUAGUGAGACUCUUUUGGAGGUUCAUGCUGAAAAAUCGGUUGCUGUUGAUCUUGAGAACGGCACUUGUUCUUGCCGUCAAUGGCAAAUCAACUCAUUCCCAUGUUCACACGCUCUUGCUGCCAUCCAGAAAGUUGGAGAUCUACCUGUGUAUGCCUACAUUGAGUACUUUCACACUUGCCAAAGCUACAUUGAGGCGUACGAGCAUGGUAUUCAGCCAAUACCUAAUAUUGACAAGUUUUAUGUGGAUGCAGCAACUUCAUCUGCAGUUGUGCAGCCUCCCUUGGUUAGGAGGCCAUCUGGUCAGCCAAAAUCAGUUCGGAUGAAGUCUGCUGCAGAAGGUGGGACAAGGAGAGCAAUCAGGUGUGGUCAGUUAGGGCGCCACAACAAGGCAACAUGCACAACACCAAUCUGA